AUGUUUGUGUUGAAAGAAUCGACCUCCCCAGGCCCUGAUGCAGUCCCCGCCAAGCUGCUGAAGGAGCUAGCUCCCGAAAUGUUCAAGCCAUUAGCCUUGAUCUUCCAAACAUCAUUUCUUACUGGAUGCCUACCCUCUGACUGGAACUCCGCUACCAUCACUCCGCUUUUUAAGAGCGGAAGUCGUGCAUCUGCGAAUAACUACAGGCCAGUGAGUCUUACCUCCAUCUGUUGCAAAAUCAUGGAGAAGAUCAUUAAGAAGGCCUUGAUGCAGUUCCUCGAGCAGCACCACCUCCUCUCUGAUGCACAACACGGCUUUCGAAGUGGUAGGUCCUGCCUCACGAAUCUGCUCUUUACGCUCGAACGCUGGACCAAAGCACGCGAUGAAGGUAUUGUGGUCCACGCCAUCUACAUCGAUUUCAAAAAGGCCUUCGACAGCGUUCCCCACCAACGUCUCUUGCACAAACUGCGCAACGCUGGAAUUCGUGGACGCCUUCUUGUAUGGAUCCAGAGCUUUUUGGCUGGACAGUCCCAAAGAGUGCAGCUCGGGCGUCAACAGUCCUCAGAGGUAAGCGUGGUGAGUGGCGUCCCACAGGGCUCAGUCCUAGGUCCCACCUUAUUCCACGUUUUCAUAAAUGACUGCGUCAAAUACCUAGACUGUGAUGCCAUCCUGUUUGCCGACGACAUUAGAUUGUGGAAAGUUAUUCACAAUGCGGCAGACGCAGACCACCUGCAAGCAAACCUGAACAGGCUCGAAGACUGGUCGAAGCGCUGGCUUAUGCCCUUCAAUAUAAGCAAGUGCAACUUUCUUCAACUAGGCAGCUUCAGAGCCUCCAGCCCCAGGACUUACUUUCUAGAGGGCACACCACUGCAACAGGUUGAUAGUCAGAAGGACUUGGGUGUAUGGAUUCCAUCUUUAUUCAAUCAACACUGCACUGCGCGAAGGCAGCUAAAUCGGCUAUGGCUACACUGCAACUCAUUAAGCGAGCAUUUAUGGGAUUUGAUCCAGACAGCUUUUCAAAAAUAUUUGGCACCUACGUGA